AUGUUGAGAUCGCUUUAUUCGGUUUCUUCGAGAAGACUUUUAUCGAGCUCAGCCAGGCGCUUGGCUGAAGUCAACGUUACUGUUGAUGGUAGAACAGUCCAGAUAGAAGCUGGCUCCAGUAUCAUCCAGGCUGCCGACAAGGCUGGCGUUACUAUUCCUCGUUACUGUUACCAUGACAAAUUGGCCAUCGCAGGUAACUGCCGAAUGUGCCUUGUUGAUGUCGAGAGAAUGCCUAAAUUGAUUGCCUCUUGUGCUGUGCCAGUGCAAGAAGGUAUGGUUGUCCACACUGACAGUGACAGAAUCCAGAAAGCCAGAGAAGGUGUCACCGAGAUGUUGUUGGAGAACCAUCCCUUGGACUGUCCAGUGUGUGACCAAGGUGGUGAGUGUGAUUUGCAAGAACAGUCCAACAGAUACGGUGCUGACAGAGGUAGAUUUAAGGAAGUUACCGGUAAGAGAGCCGUUGAAAACAAGGCCAUCGGUCCAUUGGUCAAGACUUCCAUGAACAGAUGUAUUCACUGUACCAGAUGUGUGAGAUUCAUGAACGAUGUUGCUGGUGCCACUGAGUUGGGUUCCACCGGUAGAGGUAAUGACUUGCAGAUUGGUACUUACAUCGAAAGAAACAUCAACUCCGAGAUGUCUGGUAACAUCAUUGACUUGUGUCCCGUUGGUGCUUUGACCUCCAAGCCAUACGCUUUCAGAGCUAGACCCUGGGAGUUGAAGAGAACUGAGACCAUCGAUGUUAUGGAUGCCCUUGGUUCUAACGUCAGAGUUGACGCUAGAGGUAUUGAAGUUAUGAGAGUUAUGCCACGUUUGAACGAUGAGAUUAACGAAGAGUGGAUCUCCGACAAGUCCAGAUUCGCCUGCGAUGGUUUGAAGACACAGAGAUUGACCAAUCCUUUGAUCAAGGAUGGUGACAGCUUCAAGCCAGCAACUUGGGAUGAGGCUCUUUCCACCAUUGCUGCCGCUUACAACAAGCUUAAGCCAAAUGGUGACGAGUUGAAGGCCAUUGCUGGUACCUUUGCUGACGCUGAGGCCAUGGUCGCUUUGAAGGACUUGGUUAACAAGUUGGGCUCUGAAAACACUGUCACUGAUGUUAAGCAGGCCACUGAUGCUCACGGUGUUGACAUUAGAUCUAACUACGUUUUCAACAGCACUGUUGAUGGUAUCGAGGAUGCUGACCAAAUCUUGCUUGUUGGUACCAACCCAAGAUUCGAGGCCGCUGUGUUGAACGCCAGAAUUAGAAAGGUGUGGUUGAGACAAGACUUGGAGAUCUCUGUCGUCGGACAGGACUUCGAUGCCACCUUCAACUACGACAAGUUGGGUGCUUCUGCCAACGACUUGAAGAAGGCCUUGUCUGGUGACUACGGUAAGAGAUUGGCCGAGGCUAAGAACCCAUUGAUCAUUGUUGGUUCUGGUGUUGCCGAAUCUGAAGACGCUAAGGCCGUCUACAACACCGUCGCUGAAUUCGCAUCGAAGACCAAGAACUUCAACACCGAAGAAUGGAAUGGUGUCAACCUUUUGCAUCGUGAAGCCUCUCGUGCUGCCGCUUUGGACCUUGGUUUCCAGAAGUUGACUCCUGAGUCUGCUAAGGCCAAGUUUGUCUACUUGCUUGGUGCUGAUGAGAUCAAGGGCUCCGACAUUCCAAAGGAUGCUUUCGUCAUUUACCAGGGUCACCAUGGUGACAUUGGUGCCUCUUUUGCUGAUGUCAUCUUGCCAGGUGCUGCUUACACUGAGAAGUCUGCCACUUACGUCAACACGGAAGGUAGAGCUCAAGUCACUAGAGCUGCCACCAACUCUCCAGGCUCCUCCCGUGAGGACUGGAAGAUCAUCAGAGCUCUUUCCGAAUACGUUGGUGCUCCUUUGCCAUAUGAUGAUUUGUACGCUGUCAGAGAAAGAUUGGGUGAAAUUGCUCCACACUUUGUCAGACAUGAAGUCAUCGAGCCAGUUUCUCAGGACAUCGCUCAAGCUGGUCUUAAAGACAUCAUUGGAAGACUUGGUAGCUUCAAGGCUGCCGGUGUUCCAUUGAAGAACCCAAUCAGCAACUUCUACUUCACUGAUGUGAUCUCCAGAUCCUCGCCUACUAUGGCCAAGUGUGUUACUGCAUUCGGUGCUAAGAUCGAUAAGAUCAAGGACCCAAAGCCAUUGGUUGACAUCUAA